AUGUCCCAGAAUACACCCACGGGGAAUGACCACGUUCCAAAGAUGUGGUGGAUCAUGGUGGGCGGCAACAGCCUCGCAUCAUCCCCAUCGUGGAACCGCCUUCUAUCCAUGACGGCCGAACGCAAUAAGGUAAGGCGAGACGCGGAGAAAGAGAAAAAGGAUUUCCAGAAGGCUCAGAAGGCUGCGAAAGAAGAGCUGAAAAGGGCGAAGAAGACGUACAAGGAGAAAUUCGGCGGCGGAGUGACGGCCUGGAGGGAGGAGCGGAGCCGUGGAGCUGAAGCCGCUGGUGACGGAACCGGGGCGGGUCCAGAUCCCGAGCAGCGCACGGAGACGACCGCUGCUGGACACAACAGGACCGAGGGAGAUGGGGGCAUCGAGCUUCGUUUCAAGCUCGGUAAAUGUCUGUUCGUGUCCGUCUACGAUAGGAUCUCGGCGAUGGACUAG